AUGGACGAUGAUCUGUCGGAUAUCUCAGAGCUGAGCUCACCACCCGCCUCCCCUUCUCCUCCCCCGGGUUUCUAUCCCUCGCCGCCCCCAUCCCAGGACACAGACGCCUCCAGCACCGGGCGUGGCCGCCAAGACGAACAACCGCCCGCCAGGAAGAGGCGUCGGGUCGCCCUCCCCAAAGAACGCUGCACACAACAUCUUGAUCUUUCCGCCGACUCCGGUCUCUCCGCCUCCGAACAGCAAGAUCAAAUCGAUCUCCUCACCAAGGCUCUCCGUACGCACCGAAAGAUCGUCGUCAUCGCAGGGGCGGGUAUCUCCACUGCGGCUGGCAUCCCCGAUUUCCGCUCCACGGAUGGUCUCUUCAAAUCCCUCCAGAAGAAGCACAACCUCAAAGCUUCCGGCAAGCUGCUCUUCGAUGCCGCCGUCUACCAGGAUGAGAACCUCACCGCCUCCUUCCAAGAUAUGGUGCGGUCGCUGUCCGUAGAGGCCACCAAGACCGAACCCACCGCCUUCCAUCACAUGCUCGCCCGCUUGGCCCAAGAGAACCGCCUCACUCGUCUCUACACCCAGAAUAUCGACGCCAUCGAGUCUUCUAUGGAGCCCUUGGCCUCGCAGAUCCCGCUCAAUGUCAAGGCUCCUUGGCCCCGCACCAUCCAGUUGCACGGUAGCCUCGAGAAGAUGGUCUGCCAAAAGUGUCGCCAUCUCAAGGACUUCGACCCCGUCAUGUUCGACCGCCCGGAUGCCCCGGAGUGUCCCGAAUGCACCCUCAACAACCAGCUGCGCGUCGAGACCGGCCAGCGCAGCCACGGCAUCGGCAAGAUGCGCCCGCGCAUCGUCCUCUACAACGAACACAACCCCGACGAGGAAGCCAUCACCUCCGUCAUGAACGCCGACGUCCGGUCGCGCCCGGACGCCCUCAUCGUCGUCGGCACCAGCCUGAAGAUCCCCGGCGUCCGUCGCCUCGUCAAGAGCCUCUGCCAUGUUAUCCGGGGCCGCCGGAACGGCAUGACCAUGUGGAUCAACAACGAACCCCCCGUCGGCAAGGAGUUUGAGAGCUGCUGGGACCUGAUGAUCAAGGGCGACUGCGACAAGGUCGCCGAGCUCGCCGCCCUGAAACGCUGGGAUGAUUCGUCGGAGACCAUGUUCCAGGAGUGCAACUCCGAGGAGAUGGAGCGGGCCAAGCGCGAGAACGAGCUGUCCGUCGUGAUCGGGACGCCGCGGAAGGCGCAGAAGACGUCGACGGGGUUUUUGACCCCGUCGUCCAGCCACGACGAGGACGGCCAACUCCAGUCGAUGGUCGCCGACGGGACCCGGGCGAACCCGGCCAGUCGAGGCCGCAGCAUCGAGCAAGUCCUGCAGAAGGCGGCUCCGAAGAAGGCCGCUCCGAAAGCAGCCCCAAAGGCAGCCCCAAAGGCAGCCCCAAAGAAGGCCGCUCCAAAGAAGGCCGCCCCGCGGAAACGCACCAAGAAGGAGGAGCCCGCCAAGAAUGCGCGCAUCACGACCUUCAGCAAGGUCACCAAGGGGGCCCCAGUCGCGGCAGACAAGUCCGUCAAGCUGGAGAAGGACGAUACGACAGCCAUGCACCCGCUGCCGCCCGGCGCGGCGCGCAACAACGGGCCCAUGUUUCCGCACUUAGCAUCCAAAGGAGAGACCACGCCGACACCAGAUCGGUGGCGCCAGCCGGAGACGAUCUCCCCAAAAUCGGUCCCAAACGGGAUGGGCGAUCUGUUGAGCAAGCCGGUUGCGUAGCAUCCUUUCCUUGUCUUCUGGUGAUCAUUUCCGUCUGUCUAUGUCUAUGUUAUUUGUGUUUGUCUUGUUGAGAUACCAUGAUAGACCGGCGUGUCUGGCGUUUGGGUAGUACGUCCGAGUCGCGUUCGGGUGGAGGGUUGUAUUUCUUUCACGGAUGCAUGUAUGGUAUGCAUUAGGCGUUUGCUGGUGGUUAUCUUUGUUUAUUGUAAUCGAUUGGAUCAAACAACCAUU